AUGCAGACUGCUUCUAAAAACAUUUGUGAAAGAAUGGGUCGCUCUCAGGAGCUCAGUGAAUUCAAGCGUGGUACCAUGAUAGGUUGCCAUCCGUGCAAUAAGUCCAUCCAUGAAAUUUCCUUGCUGCUUAAUAUUCCACGGUCAACGGUUAGUGGUAUUAUAACAAAGUGAAAGCAACUGGGAACAACAGCAACUCAGCUAUGAAAUGAGUGGGGUCAGCGCAUGCUGAAGAGCACAGUGUGCAGAAGUCACCAAAUGUCUGCAAAGUAAAUAGCUAAAGACCUCCAAACUUCAUGUGGCCUUCAGAUUAGCACAACAACAGUGUGUAGAGAGCUUCAUGGAACGGGUUUCCUUGGCCAA